AUGUAAUUAGAAACAGAGUUGACCGAAUAUGAUGUCUAACACGAUUCAACACAAAAUUCUCCUAAAGAGGAAAUUAAAUAGAAACCAAUGAAUGCUGGUCAAAAAUUCAAAGCAAUACUGAUGAUUGUAUUUUAUCUUGGUACAUUUUUCACGUUUUAUGGGGAAAAUAUAUUUUUUAUUGGGAUUUAUAUGUUGAUGCUGAUAAAUAACAGAAAGCAUUUAUUAGGGUUAGUGCUAACAAUUUUAGCUUUGACCUUAAGCAUUGCGAAUAUAUUUGUUGAGUACAAUUUAUUAGGGAUUUCUUAAAUAGUUAUGAGCCUUGAUAUUUUAACAUUCCCUUUUUCAUAAAGAAUGAUAAGAGAAAUUAAGUUGGUUUUGUCUGAAAUAACAAAUUUGGCAAUCACUAUGUUUUUUGUUUUAUGUGUAUGUGCCUAUUCCACCACUGCCUAUUAUGAUGAUUCUGAUGAUGAUGAGGUGGCAAUCUUUUAUGGCACAUUUGGGAGAUCAGUGCUUACAUUUGUUUAGGCCCUGAGUUUGGAUGAUUGGGGUUAAAUAGGAAGGGAAACAGAUGAUUUAUUUGGAUAUUUUAUAUUGUGUAUAUAUAUUCUACUUAUGACAUAUUUCUAUUUAAAUAUAAUGAUGGGUAUAUUGAUAGAGACACUAUAAUUUGAGAAAAAAGGUAAUCAUUUAGAUGAUCCAUUUAAUUAUGAAAUCAAUUAACAAUAAAUAUUAUCUGAAUUGGUCAAGGAAUAGAAUUUAUUUGAUAAAUGCAUGAUUGGCAACUAUUAUCAAUACAUAGUAUUCAUAAUAAGUUUUGGUGGGAUAUUUAUAUCAAUACUUGAACACUUUGAUCAUGGCGACAGUACAAUUGAAUUAGCAAUAGAAUUGAUAGAUGAUGGCAUAUAUACAAUACAUUUUAUAAUUUUGAUGUUUAAGAAGGGACCAAUUUAUGAUUUAGAGAGGAAAAACAAAACAAUGAUGUUUUUGCAUUUCAUAGCUGGUCCUUUAUCCCUAAUUUGCUCAUUUAUUUUCCUUGAAAUCGGUUGUUUACUGAAUUUACUAAAGAUAGCCACCACACCAUCUGUCAAAGGUAUUUUUGUUGGAACUAUUGCCAUGGUACCUUUGCUGAUGCCAUAAUUUGCAGAACUCUUUGGAAUUAUAAUGUUCAUUGCCAGCAUUUUGACAUCGAAUUAUUAUGCAUACACUGGAUUAAAAGAAUAGGAGUAUUUUUCAUCUUUUUGGGGUUCCUUCUACACUCUUGUUUAAAUCAUGACUUUGGAUGAUUGGGGAAAUAUAGUUGAACCAAUGUAUUCAAAGCAUGGAUUUAUAUUACCAUAUGUUGUUAUACCUGCAUACAUAUUUCUAAGUAAUUUUAUCAUAUUAAAUACCUUAAUUGCUUUGAGUUGUGAAUAUUUUGUGGAAGUCAAAUAUUAUUCCAUCGAAAAAGAUUAAAGCGGUGUUAGAUGUUCUCAAUUUGUUGGUAUCAAUGAAUUGAAGAAUUAUUGUAAAUAAAAUUAAAUGCACUUUUAACUCCCCAAUGUCGUGGUUAGUCAACAUGAUUUAUUAAGCUCCAAAAUUAAAUCAGACACCAUAAUUUAAAUUUAAUAUGGGAAUCUUUAAUUUACUGCUCAGGUAAUAUAACAAUCUGAUGCAUUAUGA